AUGAAAUGGAUAUUAAAACAUUAAUACAAUUUAUUAAAAGAGAUUAGACAUCAGAUGUACUAAUAAGAGUAUUUAAUAAUAUCUUAUUAUAUUAAUAAGCAGCUAAAAUUGAAAUCUGAAGUUUGGAUUGUUAAAAAAACAAAUUAAAUUAAAAGAUAGCUGAGAAGGAAUAACUUGAAAUUUAUUAAAUAGGUUUUUAUAAAGAAAUUUCAAAAAGAGAAAUGGAUGGGGUCAAAGAUAAAGAAUGCAGAGGACAUCAUUAAUAAAAAAGUUAAUUUAAUUGAUGAAAAAUAAAGAUGA